ACGGACGCACAUGCUUUACCCGUUUCCUUGGCAACAGUAUUGUGCGUAAAUAGUCUACGGCGUCUUUUCAAAUUGCGGAGAAGAUAAAAUGGAUGUCAAAGAACUUGAUCUGUUGGAUUUUGAGGAUAACAUGGUUGAGAUGGUGGAAGAAGACGAGGAAAACUUUGCCCUUUCUAGUUCGUCCGCAGCAGACGCAGCCUUCGAUGCCGUCAUAGGGAGGAUAGAGGACAUCAUCAUGGAGGGGGAGUUCCAGCAGCUGCAGCGGAGCUUCAUGGAAAAACACUACAUGGAGUUUGAGGACUCAGACGAGAACAAGCUCAGCUACACGCCCAUCUUCAACGAUUACGUGGACCUGCUGGAGAAGCACCUGGAGCAGCAGCUGAUGGAGAGGAUCCCUAGCUUCAACAUGACUGCCUUCACACACCUUCUGAUGCAACAUAAAGAAGAGGUGCCUGUGGAUAUCUUCGACAUGCUGCUCAGCUUCACUGACUUCUUGACCUUCAAGGAGAUGUUUCUAGAUUACAGAGCAGAGAAGGAGGGGAAAGGGCUGGACCUGAGCCAGGGCCUGGUGGUCACCCCUUUGAGUUGCACAGGAUGCAGCAGACAUAUUGGAUCAACCGGAACUUCGUGACACACAUGGCAAAGCUGGUCCCAGUGAACCCGUUUAGUUGCACUACGUGAAAAUUGUUUGGCUUUGUUUUUUGGCUAUUCCAUCCUGAUAACUGGUUACAAGCAUUGCUUGAAAACAAAAGUGUUUUAUAGAAUCCACAGAAUGCUCUGCGGUGCUCAUGGGAAAUGCUUGCUGGAAUGCGAGUUAUCAUGAGGAGUCAAAUGUGGUGGAUGUAAUGUUUGAUGUGAUAUUCACAUGCAUUUGUGGAUUGAUCAGCAAGUGUUGGAAAUGUACUUAUUUUGUUUAAGAUGAAAACGUGGCUUACACAUCAACAUAGGCAUUAUAAUAGUAAGAUGUGUGUUGUUCAUUUGUAAUAUAGAUCUUUGUUAUUUGUACACGUUAUUUUCAAUAAAGAUGUCUUUCAAAAAAUCAUGUACAAAU